AUGCCCUCCGGCGGCGCGGGCGUGCUCCUCCUCGCCCUGCUCGCCGCGGCCGCUGCCGUCGCCAAUGCCGCCGUGUCCUACGACCACAGGGCCGUGGUGAUCAACGGGCAGCGCCGCAUCCUCAUGUCCGGGUCCAUCCACUACCCGCGCAGCACCCCGGAGAUGUGGCCCGACCUCAUCCAGAAGGCCAAGGACGGCGGCCUGGACGUGAUACAGACCUACGUCUUCUGGAACGGCCACGAGCCGGCGCGCGGGCAGUACUACUUCGCCGACCGCUACGACCUCGUCCGCUUCGUCAAGCUCGCCAAGCAGGCCGGCCUCUACGUCCACCUCCGCAUCGGCCCCUACGUCUGCGCCGAGUGGAACUUCGGUGGAUUCCCUGUUUGGCUCAAGUACGUGCCCGGCAUCAGCUUCCGGACGGACAACGGUCCCUUCAAGGCGGAGAUGCAGAGGUUCGUGGAGAAGAUCGUGUCGAUGAUGAAGUCGGAGGGCCUGUUCGAGUGGCAGGGCGGCCCCAUCAUCCUCGCCCAGGUGGAGAACGAGUACGGGCCCAUGGAGUCGGCCAUGGGCGCCGGCGCCAAGCCCUACGCCAACUGGGCCGCCAAGAUGGCCGUCGCCACCGACGCCGGCGUGCCCUGGGUCAUGUGCAAGCAGGACGACGCCCCCGACCCCGUGAUAAACUCCUGCAAUGGCUUCUACUGCGACUACUUCAGCCCCAACUCCAACAGCAAGCCUACCAUGUGGACCGAGGCCUGGACUGGAUGGUUUACGGCGUUCGGCGGCGCGGUGCCGCACCGGCCGGUGGAGGACAUGGCGUUCGCCGUGGCGAGGUUCAUUCAGAAGGGCGGCUCCUUCGUCAACUACUACAUGUACCAUGGAGGCACAAACUUCGACCGGACCGCCGGUGGCCCGUUCAUCGCGACGAGCUACGACUACGACGCACCGAUCGACGAAUACGGCCUGAUCAGGCAGCCGAAAUGGGGCCACCUGAGGGACCUGCACAAGGCCAUCAAGCAGGCCGAGCCGGCGCUCGUCUCCGGCGAUCCCACCGUCCAGCGCAUCGGCAACUACGAGAAGGCGUACGUGUUCAAGUCGAGCACCGGGGCCUGCGCCGCGUUCCUGUCCAACUACCACACCAGCUCCGCCGCGAGGGUCGUGUACAACGGCCGGCGGUACGACCUCCCGGCCUGGUCCAUCAGCAUCCUGCCAGACUGCAAGACCGCCGUCUUCAACACCGCCACGGUGAAGGAGCCGUCGUUGCCGGCGAAGAUGAACCCGGCGGGGGGCUUCGCGUGGCAGUCGUACAGCGAGGACACCAACGCGCUGGACUCGAGCGCCUUCACCAAGGACGGCCUGGUGGAGCAGCUCAGCAUGACCUGGGACAAGUCCGACUACCUGUGGUACACCACCUACGUCAACAUCGACUCGAGCGAGCAGUUCCUCAAGUCCGGCCAGUGGCCGCAGCUCACCAUCAACUCCGCCGGCCACUCGGUGCAGGUGUUCGUCAACGGCCAGUCCUUCGGCGUUGCCUAUGGUGGCUACAACAGCCCCAAGCUGACGUACAGCAAGCCCGUGAAGAUGUGGCAGGGCAGCAACAAGAUCUCCAUCCUCAGCUCCGCCAUGGGCCUCCCUAACCAAGGGACCCAUUACGAGGCCUGGAACGUGGGCGUCCUCGGCCCAGUGACGCUGUCGGGGCUGAACCAGGGGAAGAGGGACCUCAGCAAUCAGAAAUGGACGUACCAGAUCGGCCUCAAAGGCGAGUCGCUCGGCGUCAACUCCAUCAGCGGCAGCUCCUCCGUCGAGUGGAGCAGCGCCAGCGGCGCGCAGCCGCUAACAUGGCACAAGGCCUACUUCGCGGCGCCGGGGGGCAGCGCUCCGGUGGCGCUGGACAUGGGCAGCAUGGGGAAGGGUCAGAUCUGGGUGAACGGGCACAACGCCGGACGGUACUGGUCGUACAGGGCCUCCGGCAGCUGCGGCGCCUGCAGCUACACCGGCACCUUCAGCGAGACCAAGUGCCAGACCAACUGCGGCGACAUCUCCCAGCGGUGGUACCACGUGCCGCGGUCGUGGCUCAAGCCCAGCGGCAACCUGCUCGUCGUGCUCGAGGAGUUCGGGGGCGACCUGUCGCGCGUCACGCUGAUGACGAGGACGACAUGA